AUGUCGACCACCACCAGUUCGGGACUUCCUUCUCUCCUCACCAUCCUCCUCGUUACUCAGGGUCGAACUGGCUCAGGCGCUCAGCUCAUCUUCCACUAUCCACCAGAUCCACUCGACGCUGCCCGUGCUGCAAGUAUAUCUCAGGAUGCUCAGGAUGACGAGGCUGAGAGCUCCAGCAGUGACUCGGGUUCUUCUUCAGAGGAGGAAGAUUUCGAGCUCUUCACCAAAAGGAUCAACGGUGGUCUCGCUGCCAGCCAAGAAGUUCGUUCACUGCAUUCCGAUGAGGAGGAGGAUACCUACAACCCCAAAAAGCCCCUGAAGGACAAGGCAGAGUGGAAACCCUCGUGGGAGCCAUUACUAGGUCUUGGAGAGGAUGGACUUGUCAGUCUGUUGGCCCCAGGUCGUGCUUGGCACAAACGAAAGUUUGAAUUGGGCAUCAACGACAUGGUCUUCUUGGGACGACCCGUAUAUGCUCGUGAGGACGGCUUCUGGCGGAGGCCCAGGCCUAAAAAGCCCAGGGGCUCUGACGAUGGUGAAGAUCCCCAGGCUCCAGAAACCGCCGUAAGCGAUAGUGGUGAUGAGGACACUGUCGACGAUCUACAAGACAUCUCAGUACAAAAGAAAUCAAUGAAAGACCGUUCUCGAGAACCUUCCAAAAGCCAAUUGACCAUGUUUCAUCUCGUUUUCGUCAUGGAUCCUCCUGCAUUGGAGCGCGCUUCUCGGGUCAGAGAGAUGUACGAUCAUGUCGUGCGCAAACUGUCCAAAGUCCUCAAACAUGAGCAAUCUCAUUUUGACUACGUAUGGAAGCAAUCCGAGUUGUUGCAGUCGAUCAAAUCUGCCCACAUCCACCAAAAGUCACCCACGGCAACCAUGUACACAGAGAUGGCCAAGCGCUCUUCCUUGGCUACUGCAAUCGCAAAGAUCUUCGACAAUAUAUCUGCUUCCAAAAUAGCUGCCGUGAGCUUGGGUCCCAGUACUUCCGUAUCCCUUCAAAUUCCACCAGUGACUUCGACUUCCUAUCUCCCUUCCCUGUCUGAACCACCACUCGAACCAGGUCUAUGGUUGACAACUGCUACAGAUCCAAUCUCUACAGCUUCUGAUUUGGAAGCGGCUGCCUUUACAGGGGCUUUACAACUAUCCAAGAACUUCAGUCUUCUUCUGAAGUCAAGCCCACAUAAAAUCCUCAAGGAUAUUCAGGCCGCUGGUGGGCCACUGGCCAUUCCCCUGACCAAUUUUGUUGCUCAGAGCAGACCGACCAAGUCAUUCUAUAAAAUGUCCGUUGCCUCUCAGAUUCCAUUGAUUGAUAUUCAACACCUAGCCCGACAUCUUGUUUAUUGGCGGAGGGCAGUUGCGAUCCCCCCACUCCAUCAGCGGGACAUCUACAUCGUUUCACCUAAUGCGGAUAUGACUAGGUUGGCAUCUGCUUGCAAAACAUAUGAGUCGACCUUCUCGAUGAUGCCCUCACUGCCCAAGAUGCUGAACUCCCUGAGCGGUACUCCAAUCCCCUUCGGCACCCUCAUUCCAAGUAGUGACCACAAGGAAGAAUAUUACCGAGUUUUGGCAUGGUUGAUGCGCGAUGGCUGGGUCACACAACUGCGAACGUUCGCCUAUGUCCGUGUCGACCCAGAGGUCAAGAGAGCUGUACGGGAAAAAGAUCGUGAAGAAUCCCGAGGUGUCAAAACUCCGAUCGAGAAAAAAUCCCCUUACCUAAGUGGCAACGAGAAAGAACUAUCAAGGAGUUUCAGCAGCAGCGCAGCACAGGGUCAUAACCCAGGACAAGCCGCCAAUUCAGCAUCCUCUCCAUUCAAGCGUCCAAGUAUGAUGAGCCGCCCAUCAAGCGAUGGUCGACAAUCAAUAUCGACCGACCACACCAGCAUUCGUGGGAGACAACCCACACACAACCCUAAAGCUGCGAGCCUCAUUCUCUCCCCACCACGAGCCUCACUAGAGGAAUCCCGCUGGUUGGACUGCAUCGCUUCCAGAUUUGCCACAUCGACGGAUAGCUCACGCACGGACCUCUCGUCCACGCCGUCUUCCGAAGUAAUGUCUGAAGAGAUUCGACGGCACUGGCCACAAUUCGUCAAGUAUUUCAACGGCACGGAAGCUUUGCAGCGCAUUCCUGUGCGGGAGGGCUUGAAGAGGAAAUUCGUCUGGAACAUGCUCAUCAAAAUGGGGCUCACUUAUGACGAGGCUGUUGAGGAUGAGAAAGGUGAAAAUCAUAAGACAUUGGUCACUUUUCGACAUUGGUAA